CGCACGUCGUGUAACUGGUGAUCGAAUCGAGCGAAUUUACGAUAAUCAGUGUUCCACUUGUGAAAAUAAAUCGUUUUGAGCAAACUAGAAUCAUUUUGUAAUAAUCUUGUGUGUAUAUUUCAGGUCUCCAGCGAGCUCCAACAAUGUCUGAUGUGGAAACCGAUGAUAUUCCCUCCGGUGUGGCGGCUGGGGGACCCAUGGACGUAAAUACAGCCCUUCAAGAAGUUUUGAAGAAUGCUCUUAUUCACGACGGAGUUGUUCACGGACUCCAUGAAGCGGCAAAAGCACUUGACAAGAGGCAGGCGAUGCUCUGCAUUCUGGCAGAAAACUGCAACGAGCCGAUGUACAAAAAGCUAGUACAGGCAUUGUGUAACGAGCAUCAGAUUCCUCUGAUCAAAGUUGACAAUAACAAGAAACUGGGUGAAUGGGCUGGACUCUGCAAAAUCGAUAAUGCUGGUAAAGCGCGCAAAGUUGUUGGGUGCUCCUGCGUUGUCAUCAAGGAUUUUGGAGAAGAGACGCCUGCCAGGGAUGUUCUUAUGGAGUACCUCAAACAAAGCUCUGUACUAUAAGCUCGUUUUAAUAAAACUUCCUAAACUGUAA